CGGACGGGAACUGGUGUUUUCGCCUAGGUGUGGCCGUAGACAUUCUCGAAGUUAUUAUAAGAUAAAUAAAGAGAUUUUGUAGUAGAUUAAGGAGACUUUUGAUGACUUUUGUAUGGUUCUCUAAAGGGUCAUUGGAAAAGUUUGGACUACAAUUUCCGAACUUCAGCACUAAGCCGUACUAAUGCAGUUGACAGUUAUCCAUGGUUUGUAGGAUUUCAAACUUGGAAUGUUGUUUUUUUCUUGAGCUGUGUUCAUCCAUAUUGGCUUGAAGGAAUGACAGCUAUCUGGCAAGUAACAAUAACAAAGAACAAUUCAAGUAACUAUGUUUCGCUAGCAAGGAAGAAAUUAAUGAGAAUAAAAGCGACUUCCUUUUCUUAUUAAGGUACGGGUGAUUUUACGCUUUUAUUACUUUAUACGUGUCAAUUGUGAGCUGUCAAAACCGCUAUCAUUUCAUAUAGUAAUUAUCCUACUUAAGCACGUUUGCCUGUGUACCUCUUAACCUUGGUAGCAAGAUUAUAUAUGAUUCAAAGCAGCAGUAGCAUUUAGCUCUCUUUAUAAUCCUUGACUGGACCGCCCAAAUGUACCCUUCUACUGGGAUUAUCUAGUCUUUAUUGCGGUCAUUUUCAUAAGUCGCAUUUCUCUUCUUGAACCAUGCAUUGCUCUUAAAAAUUUUUUUUCUUUUCCAAAUUAUUGUUCAUUCUGUUUAAAAAAGUAACUCUUAUUACCUCCAUGUAAAUUACUCUUCACUGUUAAUUUGUUUAUUUACACUGAAUAAAACUAAAUUGAAAUUGGUAAGAAAAAGCCGCCAAAGCAACAUCAAUUCAUCAUGCCUAUGACGGAUGAAAUAAUUUGUUUUAGUCAACUUUCUGCGAAAAUUGAUUUAAGCUUUAUAAAAUAUAGAUAACAUCUUUGAUAUUGUCUUUGAUAACGAAUUCUUUGGUAUGUGGUUUCCUUGAAAAUUCGUCCUGAACCAGAGAUGGCUGCUAAAGAAGGUGAAUUUCGGGUGGAAUGCGUCAAUAAUGUUCACUAUGUUACCCACUUGUUCUGUAAAUAUCCUUUAAAGCUACUCUCUCUAAACACGAAGCUGGAUUUUGCAAUUCUUUAUGUUCUGAGCUAUGGAGGUGGACUUGUAUCUGGGGAUCAGGUUGCUUUGAAAAUCCAUUUAGGAAAAGAUGCUACGUUAUGCAUUCAAACUCAAGGAAGCACCAAAGUUUACAAGGAGACGCGAGUAGGCAGAAUUACUCGUCAACUCAUGGAUGUGCAUGUUUCAGCGAAUGCCACAUGUCUGUUGCUACAAGAUCCUGUUCAACCAUUUGGAUCUAGUAAUUACAUGCAAACACAAAAUUUUGUCCUUGAAGACACCACUUCUUCGUUGGCACUAUUGGAUUGGACUAUUCAGGGUCGAAGUCAUAUGGGAGAACGCUGGACAAUGAAGUCGUAUAUCUCUAAAAAUAUCAUUAAAAGAGGAUUUGAUGAGGAAGGAAAUCUAUCUGUUCUUUUGCGCGACACAUUACAGCUAAUAAAUGAGCCAACUCUUCAUAUUGGCAGUAAAGCUGAUCGUAUGAACAAUUUUGAAUGCGCCGGCAGUCUUUACCUUGUAGGGCCAAAGUUUGAAGAAGCAAAGAAAGGAAUUUUAAACCACUACAGAAAUAAGGAAAGCCGAAUGGGGAAAACUACUAGCUUACUUGAGCAAAAUAAUACUUUUUGGACAGCCUGCGAGCUUCGCUCAGUCACUAUCAUUAAGUUUGCAUCCUAUUCUACAGAAAAAGCUCGAGAAUUUCUUCUUCACCUAUUCGGAGAUUUUGCACCUGAGAUUCAUCGUGAAGCCCUUCGCGCUUUCUGGUAUUAGAUUUUGCACAUGUGUAGCCUUCAUAAUGCCUCCUUUUGUCACUUCAUACAACCAUACAAGAUUUUCAUUCAUGACGAACGAAUACCCUUAUGUAAAUAAUGCUAAUAUUCUAAACACCUAAUCAUUUUACGACAGUGAUGCUUUCAAAUCAAUGGGUGCAUUUGCAAGUAAUUAAAUUGCUUCAAGUAUUCAGGCUUACAACGAUGUAAUAUGUUUCUACAGAUCAAUUAACUGGUAUCGGAAGGUAAAAUGUAAACGGC